GCUGUUUCCUGUCUACAGUGUCUGUGUAAUGUAGAUAAAUGUGAGGAUUUUCUCUAAAUCCCUCUUCUGUUUGCUAAAUCUCACUGUCACUGCUAAAAUCAGAGCAGAUAGAGCCUGCGCAAUGGAAUAAAGUCCUCAAUAUUGAAAUGUGACAUUGCUCUCAACAUCUCACAUCUCUCUGGAUUUCUUUUUUCUCAUCAUUACUGCUAACAAAUUCAUUUCCAGACUUUGCACUUUCAAGAAGCAAUGGAAAAAAUCAACAGUCUUUCAACACAAUUAGUUAAGUGCUGCUUGUGUGAUUUCUUGAAGGUGAAGAUGCACACUGUGUCCUACAUCCAUUUCUUCUACCUUGGCCUGUGUUUGCUUACCUUGACCAGUUCUGUUGCUGCUGGCCCAGAAACACUCUGUGGUGCUGAGCUGGUUGAUGCUCUUCAGUUCGUGUGUGGAGACAGAGGCUUUUACUUCAGUAAGCCCACAGGGUAUGGAUCCAGCAGUAGACGCUUACACCACAAGGGAAUAGUGGAUGAAUGCUGCUUCCAGAGCUGUGACCUGAGGAGGCUGGAGAUGUAUUGUGCUCCAAUAAAACCGCCCAAAUCCGCACGGUCUGUACGCGCCCAGCGCCACACCGACAUGCCAAAAGCACAAAAGGAAGUGCAUUUGAAGAACACAAGUAGAGGGAACACAGGAAACAGAAACUACAGAAUGUAAGAACAUGCCAUCCACAAGAACGAAGAAUGAAUGUGCCAUCUGCAGGAUACUUUGCUGUAAAUAAAUUAUUUGUUAAACAUUGGAAGACUUAAAAAAACCCUUUGUUUUAAAAAGCUUGAUGCAAUUUCAACCAAUGGGCAUUCUCCCAGUGAACAAUGCAACUGAACAUUCCAAUAUUAAGUCUUUAGAAAACAGAAUAUUUUAACCAGCCCAGAGCUAAAAAAUUUUGUGGUUGAUAUAUUGCUGUUUGUUAACCUGUUUUAAAUGUCCUGCACGAAAACUCUUGAAGUCCUGUGCCCCUCAAAAGCCUACAAAUUUAUGGGCCUUUGAUGGAUCCAAUUGCACUAAAUUAACCUAUGAACACUGGCUGCUGGAGUCAUUCAUCAGCCUUGUCUAAGUGGUGGUUUUUUUUAUUUGCACUUCUUUACAAGCAACAGGCUGUUUGUUUUACAGUGUCUGAAAACAUUGUUCGUCUACCCCUUCAUAUUUGCACAGUUUGACAUUCCCAGUAACAGCAGCAGUAAGGUAACAUAUACAGUUUUAAACAUCCAUUAAUUCCAUCUGUAGCAUUUUGACAAAAUAUGGGUUAUAGAUGCAUUUGUUUUAAGACAGUUUUAUUCUUCCUUCUCUUGCAAACAUGCAUUUUUUUGCAAUUUAUGAGACAAAAGAUUUUUAAAAGCAGUUAAAGCAUACAUAGGCUCUCGAACCAGUAAUGAUUCUUCCAGGUAAUAAUUUUGCAACAGUAUAGGUAACUUCUUUCUUCCUCCAUAUAAUGCAGUAUGUAAAAUUUAGCAUAUCAACAAUACACAUAUAUCAAACAGUAUGUAAAAAAAUCUCUGUUUUAUAGUACAAAGGUGCUAUUUUAUAGUUUGUUACAUGAAAGGGUCUGGCCAAAACAGUAAUAGGCAAAAGCAAAUAUGGAAAGACCAAGCCAAAGAUUAAAUAACAAAAUACUUUCAAAAAUAUUCAACUUAAAUCAACAAAAAAGGCUUCAGAUUUUGACAUGAAAAUAACUUUUCCAUCUUCGAAAGAAAAUUCAGAUAUUUGUUUCCUUUUAGAUAUUUGAAGGGUGGUGUUUUGACAUCUGAUUAUGGGAACGCAAACUCAUAGAUGAAAAACAGUGCUCAAGUGACUUCAAAGAGUAGUCCACCAGGGCCAAAUGUUCCUGAAAUACCAGCAUUCUGUUGAAUCAUAAAAAGGUACUCAAAUUCCCCUCCAUUUUGAUUCUUCCCACAAUCAGAUGUGGCUUACCUGACUUGAGUUGGGCUGCUGCAUCUCUCUGUAAAUUAGAAAAGCUAACCUAAUCACAAAAUUACUAGUGUAGAAUAAGUUGUCAAGGAGAGGUUAACCAUAACAUCCUUACAACCCUUACUUACAACUGCCAUUCAUGUACUCUUGUGGGAAACAGAGAUUCCCAGACAAUCCCUGCCAUGGAACUUUGAGAGGCCCUGCAGUGGUUCUACCUUGAAUAACACCUGCACUUUUGUAAAUCAGCCCAGUGUAGGCUGGCCAAGCAGUGAAGGGGGAUAAGCAGCCAACAGUGUCCCAAGGUGAGCAUUAAACUUGUCUUUGGGAGAAGGCAAGGCCGAGGAGAAGGCACUGUUCCACCCUGUCCAAGAAUUCCAAUGUGGUCCCAUUCAACGUUUUCCCCUCACCAUGCUGCAUGUGGUAGGCUCAGGCAAGGGAUGAAGCAUCUCUUGGUCAUCUCCAAAGGAGGCCUGGAAAACAGUGUAUGAAAGGAAUAGUUAGGGAGGUGGUAGAUUAGAUCCAUAAAGGAAGUAUCUCCUUUUGAAGGCUGCUCAAAUCCGCCUUACUUUCUACUGCAACCGAGGGAGUCAAUAACUAUUGACUUAAACACAAGAGAAAGUUCUCUCCAGACUGCAUAUAUACAGCUCCUCAAUAGUCCCUUGUAAAACAAGCAGGAAAGGCCAUAAAAAUCUAAGAAAUUAUUGUAGUUCCUUUUCUAUUCCCAUAGAAAAUUUGCCGUUUGUAUUUUUAACAAGUGCAAUGUAUUCCUAUACAACUUUUUAAACCCUCUGCUUUCUGUGAGAUGGUUGUCUUUAUGCACAAUAAGCUGCCGUAGCAAUGUAAAAGUAGAACAGUAAACGAAUAAAAAGAAUAUGCCACAGCU